GCCUGAGCGGGCCGAGCCAGCGCCAGUCUCGCCUACAUGACGCCGUCACACACUCACACAGCUGAUCUCAGGCACUGCUGCAACUUCUGCUGUUCAGGCCACAGGGCGAGGAGCUGGGCCGCGUGGUGCAGGAUACAACAAAUGGAAGAAGAAAGAAGCGAGAUGAAAAGAUAAAGAGCUGAAGAAAGGAAGGUUUUGAGUGAGAAAGGGAAGUGGAACACAUGAAGCUGAGGUUGGCAUGAAAUUGUAGGUACAAAGAGAGGCAAAAAAAGAUGAUUCUGCACUGAUGACUGGAGUCAGAAUAAUAAUAGAUUUUGAGUGGAAAAGUGCCUUUGGAGGUCAGUGGCAGUGUUUUUGCAAAGAGGACCUGGAAACUGAGACACGUUUACGGCAAAGCUGGUGCAGCGUGAACGCCAGAAGUAUCCAAGGAGCAUUUCUCUUCCACAGAUUCCUUUUUGUUACCCAGCAAGGUGAGGGACACUCUUGCCACCUAAAGCCACCUAAACUGGACUGUCACCUGGGCACACUUCAAUACUAAAUUCCCUACAGCCUCUGUCUGGGCAGCUGUCACCGCCAAGAUGAUCCAUAACACCCUGAAGUCCACCCAGCCAUCGGAGCAAAGCCCCAGGAGAACAAACUCAGCGGCACAAAGGAAGCUUUGGCGAUACUCGGGCUGCAGGAGUGCCGGCCAGGUGGAGAGUCACCGUCGUAGUGUGUGUGUAUUGGCUGCAGACUUGAACACAGGAGAGGGAGGAGGAAGAGGAGGUGGUGUAAUACACACCAUCCACGGGCUGUGUCACCUGUGCAUCGGAUGUAGGCUGCCUCAGGUGACCAUCCUUCGAGGAAAGGAUGGAUACGGAUUCACCAUCUGCUCGGAUUCUCCUGUGAGGGUACAGGCUGUUGAUCCAGGGGGUCCAGCAGAUCAGGCUGGUCUGCAGCAGCUGGACACUCUCCUGCAGCUAAAUGGUCAGCCAGUGGAACAGUGGAAGUGUGUGGACUUAGCCCAUGCUAUAAGGAACAGCGCCAAUGAAAUCACAGUGGUAGUGUGGCGAACUGGUCCUUCAGCUAAACCUAGUUUUGAGGGCCUCAUCCACCGACCCUCCUACAAACCCUCCACCUCAAACUAUGACGCCCCGUCACCCCCAACCCGUAGACGUGUACCAGAUGUCGGCACAAGUAAAACCCCCCCAGCUGUGCCGCCACUCCCAGCCCACCACCGUGCCACUGCCGCACGCAGGCUACUGGUGAACGGCUCUGAAGCUGGAAAUAGCGGCAGUGUAGGCAUGGGGACCCUGGCGUGGGGGGCCCAGGGAGGGUCGGCCGAGGAGCUGGACGGGAAGCCGCGGCACCUCCACCAUCCUCACACUGCCACUCUGAAAGGAACUAGAGUGAAGGCAUCCAACGGGGAUAACUAUAUCAUCCUGGCACCCAUCAACCCUGGAAGCCAGAUCUUGAGGCCCGUUUACCCAGACAAGCAGGGCACAUUAGCUGCGAGGUUAAUCCCCACCCGACAGGCUCCUGUUCCUCAGCCGCAGAGCGGUGCUUUUUCUGGAGGUAUGGGUGGAGUUGGUGGUGGCGGAGGCAGCGGCGGUGGUGGCGGUGUUGGUCUCUCCAGUCGUACCGGCUUCCUACGUCGAUCUAACAAUUCGAAGACAUCAAAGGCGCCUCCUGCCUCCUCUAAUGCAGCCAGCUACCAGCAGCAGAAUGCCAAUUUCGCCAACUACCAGAACUGUACCAUUGUCCGAUCACAUGCUCCGCACGCAAAUUAUGGAUAUGUUAAAGUGGCGCCCAAGAUCCUCAUCUUCCCCAUCUUUGUUCAGCCUCUUGACCUCUGCAGCCGAACACUCAUCAUAUCCGAAGAGAUGAUACUACACGAGAGCAAGCACCACUCUCUUAAGGUUACUGUGUUUGUCUACAACGACCUAAUGCUGGUGACGAGAGAAAGCGAGCCAGGCCGAUGUAAUGUACUUCAGAGUCCCCUGUACCUCCGUCAGCUGCGACUCCAGGAGGAUUACGCUGAAGAACUGAGAUUCUACCUUAUUCACAUGACGGAGAAGUGUGACUGCCUGCUCAGCCUGGAAGCCUAUUCAGCAGACCAGAAGCGCCGUGUGUGUCAGUGCCUGAAGGACAACAUUGACAAGCAGCUCCAACUACACAGGAGGGAGCCUCCCGUUCCGCAUUUUGAACAGAUGUUGGAGCCUAAGGUGGAUGCCCCUUCAUGUGAACUGGGUGGAGUAGGAGGAGAUCGAGGAGGUGUAUGCCUCCAUCUGCCGACACGUAGCUCAGAAGGGGAGGAAAGCAGCCUGUAUCCCUCCAGUCCCUCUGAGCCCCCAACGCUGGGUAGUCCUCACCCCUCAGAGCCACUCACCCCUCUGGAUGAGGUCUACAUGCCCCUUGGAGGUCUGGUGGGAUCUGACGAGGGACUUAAGGUACCUCCAACACCACCGCCUUCCACUGAGGGUGAGGAUUCCAAGAGCAUAGAGGGGCAUGAGAUGGAGCUCUGGAAGGACAGGAGGGAUGAGGAGAACAAGCGAGAGGAAGAGGAGGAUGAAGAGGAAGAGGAGGCCGGCAGAAAGAGUGUCGGGAGCGAAGGCUGCGAGAAAGAAGAUGAAGGAGAGGAUGAAGGAGAGAGGAACGAGGAGGAGGUGAACUUAAACCUGGUGGUGUCAAACACAGACGAGGACAAUGUCUCAGAGCCGCCUGACACCAACGCUCCCCCUUCCUCCUCCUCAUCUUCGUUUGUUAUCCCGGAGCUCCGCCUUGACCGCUCCUUUAGCGCCGAUGCCCUUUCUUCACCCAACACUGACGAAGAAGAGUACGACGAAGACGAAGACGAGGAGUCUGAAGAAGAAGAUGAUGACGAUGACAGCGACGACGCCUACCUGCAGCGCAGUGACAGCAAGCGCCGAAGCAUGGUAGAGGGUGCCACGUGUGAGAAACAUGGAGGAGGGGGGCUGAGUGUGCAAAAUUCCCUCCGCAGGCGCACACACAGCGAGGGCAGCCUCCUGCAGGACCCCCGCACGCCUUGCUUCACUUCUGACAACGCCAUCAACUGCCUAGAAACUGGAGGGGGAUCCCACAAGGGCGGCUGGACACUCCCAUCACCUAAAACCUUGAAGAAAGAGCUGACCAAGAAUGGAGGCUCCAUGCAUCAGCUGUGUAUGCUAUUUUCUGGGAGGAAGUUGAGUGCCGGAUCCCCCUGUAGCUGCGAGGUCGGCCCCGGAGGAACCAAGAAGAAGAAAUCUAAGAACCUGGCCAAAGACAUGAAGAAUCGGCUGGCUUUCCUGCGGAGGAGGAAUGAGUCCCCAGGAAGCAACCCAGCCGGGAAGUUAGACAAAUCUAUGAAGUCAGUCAAGCCCACCCCAGAGGAAGCGCUCAAAUGGGGGGACUCGCUUGAUAAGCUGCUGGCUCACAAAUAUGGUCUGGCAGCAUUCAGAGCUUUCCUGCGCACAGAGUUCAGCGAGGAGAAUCUGGAAUUUUGGCUAGCAUGCGAGGAAUACAAGAAGAUCAAGUCGCAGUCCAAGAUGGCCUCAAAAGCCAAGAAAAUAUUUGCAGAAUACAUCGCUAUCCAGUCUUGUAAAGAGGUAAAUCUGGAUUCAUACACUAGAGAUCACACUAAGGACAACCUGCAGAAUGUGACACGCUCCUGCUUUGACCUAGCUCAGAGGCGGAUAUACGGGCUGAUGGAGAAGGACUCAUACCCCAGAUUCCUGCGCUCUGAACUCUACUUGGACUUAAUCAACCAAAAAAAGCCUAGCUCCACUUCAACUUCAUCUUCGUCAUAAGAGACUAGAAAAAAAAAAGAAGAUGAAGAGAAGAGAAAGAUGAUGAGAGUAAAAAAGAGGCCAGACUUGAAAAGUUAUACGUAGAGUGGGUGGGAUGUGUGCUUCUUUGUCUGCCUUUAUUUUUUAUUUUCGUCUUUCAGUCUGUUCAUUAUUUGCUGUUGUGGUGUGAGAGGUCACGGCAAACUUAUGGCACUGCAAAGGAAUGUAGUUUACAUAGUUAUGGGUGGAUGAGUGGAUGGAUGGAUGCAGACGCCCAUGAGCAAGGGCUGGAGCAGGAGCUGGACGCUUGUCUCAUCACUGAUUUUCGUUCUCCUUUUUUCAUUCAUAUUGUCAGCAAAGAAAAAAAUCCAUUUGUUUGUGUUUUUGUCCAGUUGUACUGGAGUAAAGGAGGAGUUGCAUCAUAAAAAAGAGAAAUCCCUGCGACACGAAGACAGUCCGGUACUGUUUUAUCACUUUUCCACCCCCUUCCUUUAUUUCCUUUGAGACUUCCCUCCUUUGCUCCAUCACGUCUCUCUCUGUGAAGCAACUUCAAAGCUGUCGGUACGACGCGACGUCCUCUUCCUUCACGUUCUCUCAUCAGACUCUGUGACGGAGGAGGAAAAAUCAAGCUGAUGUCUGAAUGAAAAGCCACCGGCGUGGCUCUGGUUUCACACGCAUCCGUUUAAACCCUGCUUCCGCUCGAAGCUUCUAUAAAUGGCUUUCACCUUAGUUUGUUCAUAAGACUGUGGAAAGACGACGUGAGUGUUCAGCACAAAGACAAAGACGGGCAAAGAACACCGACACAUAAGUAGUAAAAGGACUGGAGCUGUGACGAAACGCAAAUAUGUGUCUCUCUCACAUGAAAAGACAUUAAAAUCUACAAACACACAAAAAAACCAAGACGACUUGCUUCCCGUCUCCAUAGACUGUUUACGACAAGGAAGGAAAAUCCAAGCGGAAGAAGAUUAAAAACAUCUCCUUUAACAUUGUAGCUCAUUUUGGACUAAUCAAGGAACCAUUCUCAGGACAUUGCUAUGACAGGUUACUGCUUAGUUUAUGUGCUUUUCUGUUUCUGUUUUUAUACACGGUUUUUUUACAUGCUUUAGGGUUCCAACAUGCACUCCCCCGUUCAUACUGAGCAAUACACGAGAGGUUGCUCGUUUCACAGAGAAAAAAAAAAGCUUCACAUGUACAAAGGUUUGCUAUUUAUUUAGAUUAACUUGCUGGAUGCUUCUGCAGACUCCCUCACGUCCUCCAAAGCACUCAGCUGAAAGCUCUCACUGUUCUAUUUAACCACCAAACAGGUCCAGUGCUGUCCUGAACUUUUAAGUGCAAUAUUUUAUUGUUUCUUUUUAUUUUUUAUUUUAUUUUAAUAUGAUAUUUGGUUUGUUUCUUUGGUCAUUUUUUAAAUGGGGAAGACGGAACAGCUUGAGCUCUGUAUUAACUUUAUUUGUUAAGAGAAAAAAAAAACUUAGAGCUAUAAGGUUGACUUACAGCGUAAACUUUCAAGAAGCAUAAGUAGUUUAAGCAAGUGAUUCUAACUGUGUGUUAACUCUCCCCUCCCCCCCGGCAGCAGGCAGCUGGGGGAGGGGGGCAAUAUGGUUGUAAAUAUAAUUCUUUAAGAAAAAUAUGUGAUAGCACAUUUAAAAAAAAUGAAACAAAAAAAACAAAAAAAGCCAAACAAGUCCCUGCUGGUGAUGAACGUGGGACCCGGCUGUAUCUAUGUAAAUAUGAGAGACUCAAAACUAUAAGAUGACAUGUAUUGUUUAAAAAAAAUAAAAAAAAUUAGGUGAGCGAGAGCACAGUCUGCUCUUUUCCCUGGUCAUACACUGCUUGUAAGGAGUAUCAUUAUCACUGUUUACAAUUCAAAAUGCAUCUCCGAUAAUAGCAAGUGAAAACAGUAGAGUACAUUUGGUGUCAUUGCUAAUGAUAAAUAAACCAACCAACUGAUGACAUAA